AUGUUGUUCGCAUCUGUGGCUACCCUGUUCUUCACAUUCACUACAGCAACUCCUCUCUUCUUCGGAUACGGAUCUACAUCAAUCGACAUCAACGUUGGUAGCAUCAAUGGCAAGACUAAGAAUGGCAUCGAUUCAUUUCGUGGAGUGCCCUAUGCCGAACCACCAGUCGGCGACUUGCGGCUGCGACCUCCACAACACAUCAGAAGAAACCUGGGCAAGAUAGAUGCCACGGCCGACAAAGCUCGCGGCUGCCCUCAAUUCUACACACAAAUCAACCAAGACAAUACCUUCCUUAAUCUUUUCGCCUUCAUCUACGGAUCGCCGCCUGUUCAGGCCCUGCUCAACUAUGGCGAAGAUUGUUUGACCGUCGAUGUCAUCCGGCCUGCCAACACUAGUCCGUCAGACAAAUUGCCAGUUCUUUUCUGGAUUCCUGGGGGUGGCUUUCAAUUCGGUGCAACCUCUGAACAAGACGGAACCCCGUUGGUUCAAAAGUCAAUCGCGCUCAACCAGCCAUUCAUCUAUGUUGCGGUCAACUAUCGUCUGGGAGCCUUUGGAUUCCUCGCAGGUAACGAGCUAGCCGACGAAGGUUCUACCAACCUCGGUCUCAAAGAUCAACGCCUGGCUAUGGAAUGGGUUCAAGAAAACAUCGCAGCUUUUGGUGGCGAUCCAGAGAAGGUCACCAUCUGGGGCCAAAGUGCUGGCGCCAUGUCCACAUUCGAUCACCUCAUAAUCCACGACGGCGACAACACAUACAAAGGCAAGCCUUUGUUCCGUGGCGCUGUCAUGAAUUCCGGGGCCAUGAUCCCGGUGAACGGAGUUCGAGACGCAAAGGCGCAGAGCGUGUUCGAGGACAUUGCCAAGGCCGCCCAUUGCGGCGAUGCUGUCGAUAAGCUCGACUGCAUGCGCAAGGCGGAUUACACCACUUUCCUCUAUGCAUCCAGUUCGGUCCCGGCCCUCCUCAGCUACCGCACGAUAGACGUGAGCUUCGCACCACGACCAGAUGAUUCCUUCUACCCGCAGUCUCCAGAGCUUGCUCUCGCCCAAGGGAAGUUCACCAAAGUACCAAUCAUUACAGGCUGCCAAGAAGAUGAAGGAACCCUUCUAGCUGCCAUCCUGACUAACAUCACAACCAACGCCGAAUUGACAGAUUACCUGGCCAGCUUCUUCCCAGGCGACCCUGAUGCAAAUGAGCAUGUCGCAGGUCUUCUUGAGCAAUAUCACGACGACCCUGAAGGUGGACAGCCCUUCGGUAGUCCCUUCCGAACUGGAGACCAGUACAACAUCUAUCCUCAGUUCAAGCGCAUCGCUGCCGUCACCGGAGACCUCCUCGGUGCGCUCCAGCGCCGCCGCAUUCUGCACUAUUACUCAGGAGAGAUGCCCAGCUGGAGCUAUCUAUCUACCUGGUUGCACGACACAGGUAACCUGGGCACAUAUCACGGUAGCGACAUGCCAGUGCUCUACGGCACCUCGGACAAUAGCGCAUUGGUUGAUGCUUUCCAGAAGUACUACAUCAGCUUCGUGAACCACCUUGAUCCCAACGCCAUGGGUGCGGACGGUGCGAUGAUCCCCUGGCCACAAUAUAACAACUCCGCGCCGGAGCUACUCAACUUCGACGUCAAGGGUCAAAAGAUCAUCAGCGACGACUUCCGCCAGGAUGCCUACGACUACCUCAUCGCGCACGAAUCCAAUUUCCGACUGUGA